CCAAUGGAGGGGUAGUUUAGUCAUUUAAGUGGCGCAUGUUCAGCAGCCGCUGCGGCUGAGCGUGGGCGCCACGUGGAGCGCGACGACGGCACGCGUUCGUCUUGGUGCGCGAGGCUGCGACGGUCGGUCUUGCGCACCCGGGCACGCCGUGGCCCCUUCCGACCCGACGACGUGGCCACGCCACGUCGGCGGAUCCACCUCUCGCUCUCGCUGCGCCCGCGGGGGCACCGUACCUAUGGGUCCUGGUGGUUCGACUCUGACCGCGGGUCUCCGUCUUCUCGCCUUCUUCAUCGAAGAGGCAAAAGAAGAAGGGGAAAGCUGCGAAGGUCUGCACUUGGUCGCCAUGGCGUUGUUCGUGUCGAAACAGCAGAUCUGCUGCGCCAGAUUACUCGCCUUCUUAGCGCAUGUGUCACUGUUGCCCAAAGGGAGUUCAUCAUCAAUUUCUUAUGGCAACUGUGUCUGGAAUCUAUUAGCCGGUCAGUGCCUCUCCCACAAGCAGACAUGCCUGGCAAUGCCUUCCUCCUUGCUUAGGAAGACGGGAGAAGCAGCUAAAAGCUAUAGCUUCACUACCGGGAGCUGCUCGGUGGACAAAUGUCCGCAGAAGCUGCCACUUCACUCCUCGAACAAUCAUGCACAGCUCAAAAGUCAAUGGAGUAUAUGUGCUCUUCAAUGAUUGAUUGAUCUGAUCCAAUUGGGAUCAGCAUAAUAAUUGGAUCUGAUUCACUUUUCAUCUCGCCAAAAGGAUCCUUUGACCGAAAAAGAUGUAUUGGCAUUAGUUCUUUUUAAUAAUUCUAAAUCUUCCAAAAUUCAUAUAUUUAGAAAACUAGAAAUCCAUCUUUGUAGGUCUAUCUAUGCAUACGGUAAGCUACCACUGUCUUUACCAGCUACCUAAUACCACUUUGGUACAUUGUCUUAUUUUAUAUGUUUAUUUUCUGUAGGAUAAUAGAGAUACUGUAAUUUAAAGAUAAAUACCGUUCCACUUAUUAAUCUUUAAUCAAAUUGUUGAUCGGCCUUUAGUUGGGACCCAACUAACGUAGGGCACGGCCCAUCUUGUUGGCCCAAAAAGGUUUUCAUUUGAAAUUCUACGGUCCAGAUUUCUCCAAGCCGGGGAAGUAAGAUGAACGUGGGCCGUUGGAUUGAUAUCGACGCCCAAGCACGUCCGAUCUCUUUAUUGGCAGCAUUUGUACCUUCUUUCGCGCAAGCAAGGACGAGAAUGGCGGGAGGCAGAGUUUCGAGUUCGAGCCCAUCCGAUCUGCUCCAAAGAAUCAAAGGUUUCGUCCGGUCUCUCGUUGAGGAUCUCAGCAGCGAUCGACCUCCUUCGGUUGCCCUCGAUCGGUACAGGAACUACUGCCACGAUCCUUCUGGAAACUGCACUUGCGGUGACAACUUACCAAAUGGCAAGGAAAUAAUCUCGGUUGAGAGGGAAAGUCAUGCAUACAGAUUGCUUGUCUUGUUUAGGGUGCUGCUAAUAAUACAGCAACUUUUACAAGAAAACAAACAUGGAUCGAAGAGAGACAUCUACUACAUGCACCCCGCUCUUUUCUUGGAGCAAGCAGUUGUUGAUCGGGCAAUCAACAACAUUUGCAUUCUCUUAAAGUGCAGCCGUCAGCAUCUCAAUGUGGUGCCUGUAGGGAGAGGAUUGGUGAUGGGUUGGUUGAGAUUUCUAGAAGCUGGUAGGAAGAUUUAUUGCAUAAAUAGCCCCAGCACUGUCUAUCCUAUUCCUGUGUGUCUUGAAGAAGUAGAAGAUAUUGUCAGUGUUGCCAGAUUUAUUAUUGUUGUAGAGAAGGAAUCAGUGUUUCAGCGGUUAGCAAAUGAUAGAUUUUGUGAGAGGAAUCAUUGCAUUGUCAUUACAGGAAGAGGCUAUCCGGAUGUCCCUACAAGAAGGUUCUUGUGCCUUCUUGUACAACAUCUGCAUUUGCCAGUGUAUUGCUUGGUAGAUUGUGAUCCUUAUGGCUUUGACAUCCUGAUGGUCUAUAGGUUUGGUUCCAUGCAAAUGGCGUAUGAUGCCAAUUUGUUGCGUGUACCUGAGAUAAGUUGGCUCGGAGUCUUCCAUUCAGAUUUGCAGAAGUACCAUCUUCCAGAUCGCUGUCUUCUCGAGCUGACAUCUGAUGAUAAGAAGAAAGCUGAAGCAAUGCUGCUGAGAUGCUAUUUGCAAAAGGAAGCACCAAAAUGGAGGAUGGAGCUGGAAGUCAUGCUACAAACUGGAGUAAAAUUUGAGAUCGAAUCAUUAUCUGUCAACUCGCUGUCGUUCUUAUCAGAGUACAUCCCCACGAAGAUUCACGAUGGAAGUUACCUAUAGGUUCUGUUGUACACAUGAUCUUAUUAGUUCGAGGCUACAAGGCCAAGAUGUGGAUGAGUUUUGGGAGUACGAAGCAGCAAAUGGUGCAAGUUGGUGAUAGUGGUGAUAGUUUAAGAUGACGAAUCCAACUUGCCACUCGCUGAAGGCAAUGACUAUAAAGCUUAAUAUUCUGCAGGAAUCAGCAUGUCAUCCAAAAGAAAGAGAACAAGUAAAGCAGCAAAAGCCACGGCCUUAAGGCAGCCAAUUAAUUGAACCCAAUGCCCAAAUAUGUUGUUGGAUUGCCUCCGGAGUCUGUGAUGGCUAAUCCUUGAGUCUCCAACUGAUGGCAGAUCACGUCAAGAAUGGAGAGUUGCAUGUGGCCCUCGCAAGACCGGUCUCCCCUUCAUGCCUGUCCAAGUCAACUUAGGGUCGACUAGCUUUCCCGCAUGCGGUAGUCAACGUUCAG